AUGAGCAAUAUCCUCGGUGCUCGAGGAAAGACAAGAGUAUUAAUAUACCGGCACCAGGACACCCCAAAGCCAGCUACCUAUAUCCCCCCAGUUCUCUACUCCGCACCACCAAAACCAGCCACACUCCCACCAUGCCCACCGCCCACAUCCCACAGACGCUGCUCCAUGAUCCACCCGGACACCGUAACCCUCGGCCGCCUCACCACCAAUGCCAACCGGCCGCACUUCCACUACCACGACCCCCUGCCCCCUCGCCCCCGCACCCCCGAGCGCCACACCGCCUACCACACCUACCUCACUGAGACCCGCCGCUUCACCAAAGGCUCCCACACCUCCCUCGCCUUCCAUGACCUCCUCCGCCUCACCGCCAGCACCGACACCACAACCACCGCCACCCUGACCGCCCCGCACGCCACGAUCCACGACCUCUCAAACUCCGACUCCUGGUUCCGCGACGCCUGCCGCAACCCCGCCACGUGCCUGUGGCUGCAAGAAACCAUCAAUGUGUUUGCUCGGUGGCUGGUUAAAUGCCACUGGCCGUUUGAAUGA